GCUUCAACACAGUUAUUGAUAUUCAUCGUCAUCGAUCUGCGCCUCUCUCUCAAACUCUUCAGUUUGCAAAACACUCAGAAGCGGCUAAUUGAUUUACAAUGGGGAAGAAGAAGUUCAUUGAUAAGAAAAAGGCGGCGACUUUCGAGUUGUGUCCUCGUGAUACGUCUGACCCAAGAUACAGUGACGCACCAGGUGGUGAUAAGAUCUUCUUACGAGUUGAUCAGAACCCUGUUAACAUCAAUGCUUUCGUUGAAGAAGAAGAAGAAGAAGAAGACAACUCACAGUUCGAAGAUGCUCCUGAAGAGUUGGCUUAUGGUUACUCCAGUUACGGGGAUUCGGGUAAUCCUUUACCUGCUCAUUUGAGGAAGGAGAUUUUGGAGUUAGGGUAUCCUGAUGAUGGCUAUAAUUACUUGGAACAUUUGAGAGAGAUUAAGAACACUGGUGGUGGUUCUAAUUUCUAUGCAAACCCCAAGUUUGAGAUUGAUCAGCUACCUCGUGAUGUCAAGGCUUAUGAUGCGUCUCGUGUUAAGAUCUCUGGUAUGCUGAAUGAAGAAGGUAAUGAUAAGUUGAUGUAUAAUGUGGCGUCUAAAACUGUUAACGUCAAGGUGCAGAAAGCUAUUGAUCCUGAAGUUGCUGCCUUACUUGAAAACAGUGAUGGAUCUGAGUUUGGCUCUGAUGUUGAGGAUUUGGAAGAAGAUUUUGUCAUUCAAGCUAAUCUUACUCAACAGGGUGAAGCUUCUGGUGUGAGCAAUAUCAAGGCUGAGUUUUCUGAAAGACACGAGGUCAGUGAUAGAGGAAAUGUUGUUGGGUUAACUGAUACACUUGUAGCUGAAAACCCGAGAGUUCCUCGUCAAAUUGAUGAGCUAUUUGAUCAGCUCGAACUCAAUGAAUAUGGCAGUGACAGUGACUGUGAUGGUUACCUAGCUGAAGGAGAAGAAAAAGAAGGGUACAUGGCUCAAGACAUUCAUGAUCUUAUUUAUGAGAAGGCCAAAAAUUAUGAGCUUGAAGAAAAAUAUAUGAAUCCUGCGGAUAUAUUGAAGAACAGUGACUCUGUAAAAGAUAAAGAGGAAGUGGACACUGCUGCUCAUAUCAUACGCCGAACUGUAGAGUAUGCUGAAAAUUUUGAUAACGGGAAUGAAGAUGAAUUGGUAGAGGUGACCGAAGAAAGCAGCGAUGAAAGCGAGGAGUAUGAUUGUCAAUCCAUAAUAUCAACAUACUCUAAUCUCGAUAACCACCCUGGUAAAAUCAAUGCUCCAUUGUCAGCCAGGCAGAUGAAGCUUAGUGAAACAGUAUCUAAAGCAUUGAAUUCAAAUGGCAAUAUCAUUACCCUCCAAGGAAGAGGAAUGCUUCCAGUUGAGUUUCUACCUGGAAGGAAAGCUGAGCAAACCGUUGUUGAAGCUGAAAUCCCGAAAGCUGAACCGAUCAAGAGGAAGCCUCAUGGUCAAGAGUCGAAGGAAGAGAAGAAAGAGCGAAAAAAUGCUGUAAAAACCGAAAGGCGAGAAGCAAGGAAGGUGAAGAAAGAGAUGAAGGAGCUGUAUCGCGGUGAAACGCAGCGUGCUCAGAGAGCUGUUGCUGUAUCUGGUCCGUCUUCGAUUCCUAUGAAAUAAGUUUCAAGGUAAAACGAAACAACUCUCUGAACUGAUAAGAAACAGUUUUCUUUAUCAUACCAUGUAAUAUUUUAUGUUAUGUUGUUUCAUCAAGAUUGAUAAUCUUGAAUCGUUUUUAGACGUGGACGUCUUCGAUACUUACGUGUCAUCGUUCAAAGAUUAAAUUUCUGGAUAUUGUUUUAUU